UACCGUGGAAGAUGGCUGAUAACGGUGAUACAAACCGAAAAUGUUUUACAUUUUCAUGGACAAUAGAAAAUGUUAGUUAUUGCUGGCAAAAGAAAGGAAAACAAAUUGUCAGUCCAACUUUUGUCGCUGACACAAUAGAAGAGACAAAGUGGAAACUAUGUUUGUAUCCUAGAGGGAAAGAAAACGAGGAUUUCAUUGCUUAUUAUAUUCACAGAGAAAUGGACAGCAAAGGCCCAGAGAAUAUAGAAUUAGAAUACGAACUCGCUUUCCUGACAGAAGACGGCUCAAUUCUUGUUUCAUCGAAUUCGAACAAAAGGACCUUUCCCAGAAAUUGGGGUUAUGGUUCCAAAGAGUUUGUAAAACGGCAUAUCCUUUUCAACAAGAUUUCUACCAACUUAUUUCCUGAUACUAUAAUUGCUCGUUGUAGAUUAUGGAAGCAAGUAGGAGAAAUUGUUGAAGAAGUGCAGUGUUUCGCACGCACGCGAAUCGGCGUGGAAUACAGGUCUUUUACUUGGAAAAUUGAGAAUUUCAGCACUUUUGAAGGCAACAAGGAAAUUAACCAUUCUAUCAUGUCAGCGUCAAAAGACAAAAAGUUUAUGGGUGUGCAAAUGUGUUUCGGUGGAGGACCAAAAUGUGAAGGAUCAAUUAGUCUUGAAUUAAUUGCCUGUGACCAAAGAAUAAGAUAUUUUUCUCUCCAUUUGUUUGUUUUAGAUUCUACCGGAAAUUCAAUGGACUCCAACAAAGAAGAAUUCUGGUUUGAUAGUCUACUUGAACGUAAAGAAUGCACCCUAUGCUUUACGAAACACGAAUUAAUGGAUAAGAAAAGUUUGUAUUUACCGAAUAACGUUCUGUCGUUGCGAUUUGAAUGUGCUUUUUCUUUUGGAAUCGUUCUAGAGGAGAUUCAAAAGAUUCAGUAUGGAUCCUUUGAUUUAAAACCUACUAAUCCUGUUAAGCAAAAUGUGAAAGACCCCAAACAACAUUUCCUCCCGAACAGAGUUUUGAUUGAUGAUCUCAAAACUUUGUAUAAUAAAAGUAUCCUUUCAGACAUAAAACUCAAAACAGCAACGGGAACGUUCCAUGCUCAUAAAAACAUUCUCAGUGUUCGAUCUCCUGUAUUCCAAGAAAUGUUCAAAAGCAACAUGAAAGAAAAGAUAGAAGAAUACAUUAAUAUUGAAGAUCUGACCGACGAUACGGUGAAGAAGAUGCUUUUAUAUAUUUAUACCGGUGAAAUUGGUAACUUAAAUUGGGAAAGUGCAUCCAAAUUAUACGUGGCUGCUGAUAAAUAUGAAAUUAUCACUUUGAAAAAUGAAUGUUCUUCUUACUUAAAGUCUAAUUUGUGUUCAACGAAUGCGUGUGAUUUGCUACUUCUUGCAGAUUUACAUGGUGACAAAGAUUUUAAAAGCUUCGUACAGGAUUUUAUUUUAAAGCACGAUAAAGCCAUCAUCAACUCGGACGAAUGGAAAUGUUUUAUGGAAACAAACCUGAAAUUAGCUGCUGAUACUUUGUGUCUUAAGUAUAAACAAUAGUCGAUAUAUUACUGUUAUUUAUGUGAUAUACAUAUAUGAAACAGCUUUAAAAUUCAUUAAUAUAAACUGUGCCUUAGUGUAUGGAAUUUGCUCUCCAAAUUUAAACAACUCUAAUUCAUUAUCGAAAUGAUCAUUUAUUUAGAUGCAAUAAUUAAUUUUGGAAAUUGGAAGCAAUAAUUUUUUUUUUGAUUUUGCUAAAAUAAUUAAAUUUUUAAAAUGCUUAUUAUGGUGUGGGCUUCCGAUUAUACAACUGUGAACAUUAUUUAUAUUAAAUAAUUUCCUAAACUACGAUAGAUGAUUUUCUGCUUUAAAAUUUUUUUUCAAUGCAGUAUUAAUUUGUGGAUAAUUAAAAAGUUUCUUUAAAACUAAAUAUUGGAAAUUUGUUUUAUUUUUUUAAUAAUCAAUUGAUUCUUUUUUUUUUAUGCUAUCAACAAUAUAAGCUUAAUUUCUUUAAAUCGAAGAAAACAUCUACCUAGUUUUUUAGUGUUAUGUUUAUAUUGUCUUGAUUUAUGAAGAACAGCUUAGACGUGAAAGGGAAAGGGAAAAUUAUUUUGUUUUAAUAUUUACCUGUUUGUGACAGUAUUAAAUGGGAGCAAGAGCAAUACAAGGAUACAAGUAGUUGAAAUACAAGGAUUUCAAUUACUUUCCUUCAAAAUAUUGAUUUUGUAGUUUCGCAUUACUCUAUAAAAUACAUUUUUUAAGAUUUUCAAAAUGUAUUUUACAAACUUCUUUUAUAUCAGGUCAAUAUAAGCAGGUAGUUAUAAGCAUUUAUCAGGUAGCAAUUUAUCAGGUACUUAUAAGCAUUUUUUAAUCUUUCUAACACCUAAAUAUGAAUUUUUGCAUCUGAAAUUUUUUGCGAGUUCGAUAAAUUAUC